CAAAAAAAAAAAAAAAUUGAUUGAGAAAAUUAGGCGGAUGAAGAUAAACCCCCCAGUUCUUGCAAUAAUCAGAGAAAAACACUGCGCAGAAUCGAAACUCACUUGAUGGAGUUACACACUUCAACUCUACCGUUGCGUUCUUCUCUUCCAUCAUCUUUCUUCUCUUCUUCUUCUUCUUCUUCACCUCAUUCAACCCAUUCUUCACCAAUCAAAAUAACCUCACUUCCCUUUUCUCGCUUCAUCUCUUUCACCAAACUUCAAACACUAACAAGACGAAGAGGUUUCCGACCCUGUAACUAUGUUGCUUCAAACGAAGAUAAUGCUUCGAGUGAUGUGGUAGAUGAAAGCAAAAUGAUUGGAGUGUGUGAUAAACUCAUUGGUGUUUUCAUGGUUGAUAAAUCUACUCCAACUGAUUGGAGAAGGUUGUUAGCUUUUAGCAGAGAAUGGGAUAACAUUAGACCUCAUUUUUUCGCCCGGUGUAAUGAUAAAGCGGUUUCUGAGACUGAUCCUGUUUUGAAGGAAAAAUUACUCCGUCUCGCGAGGAAGCUCAAAGAGAUUGAUGAGGAUGUUCAGAGACAUAAUGAUCUUCUGGAUGUAAUCAGAAAGGAUCCGUCUGAAAUUAGCAAUAUUGUCUCCAAGCGUAGGAAGGAUUUUACAAAUGAAUUCUUUGUGCAUCUUCACACAGUGACUCAGUCCUACUACAAAGAUGCAGAAAAACAAAAUGAACUGACAAAGCUUGGGGAAGCAUGCUUUGCUGCUGUACAAGCCUAUGAUGGUGCUACAGAAAGCAUUGAGCAGAUAAAUGCUGCACAGCUGAAGUUCCAAGAUAUUUUGAAUUCUCCCACACUUGAUGCUGCCUGUAGGAAGAUAGACAAUUUGGCUGAAAAAAAAGAACUUGAUUCGACACUGGUAUUGAUGAUCACCAAAGCUUGGGCAGCUGCCAAGGAUUCAAACAUGACAAAAGAUGAGGUAAAAGACAUCCUCUUUCAUUUAUACAAGACUUCAGUGGCAAAUCUUCAGAGACUUGUUCCAAAAGAGAUUCGAAUAGUCAAGUAUAUUCUUCGAAUUGAGGAUCCUGAGGAGCAACUGUCGGCCCUUAAAGAUGCAUUUACACCUGGAGAAGAACUUGAAGGAAACAAUGAGGAUAGUUUGUACACGACACCAGAGAAGCUUCACACGUGGAUAAAGACUGUGGUCGAUGCUUAUCAUUUGAGCAAAGAAGGUACCCUCAUUAGGGAAGCAAGGGAUCUGUUGAAUCCAGAGAUCAUUGAAAAAUUGGAGAUGUUAAAGAAGGUUGUGGAGAGGAACUUCAUGUGAAGAGGGUGGGAAACAUACUAAGGUGGUUUUCCUACUCUAAAGCAUAAUAUUGCGCAUGAGAUUUUCUGAUGUUCAUCAAGUGCAGAUCCGGAUUUACAACAGCAUUGCUCUUAAUAAGUGCUUAUAUUUAGACACUUCAGAAUUUGUCUACAACAGAGUAAGCUGAAUCAGGAAACAAAGCUAGACAACAAUCACGAUUGUAACAUCAAAAGUUAGGUUAGUUUACCCUUUUUUUUUUUUUUUUUUUUACUAUUAGACAUUGAAAUUUGAGUAGGCGAUUGUGUCAUUUGCACGUGGGAGUGAAAUGUUACAUGGUAGACUGAAGAAAUGCAACAUAUCUACUAAACUUAGUCUUGACCAGGUCUCUUAUGUUAUUAUAUAUGGUUGUAAAUUGAAUAUAUUCCAGUGGCCAUGUCUUUGAAGGCUGAGGAAAAUGAGCACAAUUGAAAAAUUACAAUGGUUGUUUGA